AUGCUCAACUUUUACCUUGGUGGCAUUAUUGCUAACAAGAAGACCUACAGGUUCACUCAGUGGGCAAAAGAAUAUGGUCCAGUCUUCCCAAUCAAGAUUGGUCGCCGCGGGAUGAUGGUAGUUCUAACCUCUGCCUACCAUGCCACUAAUAUUAUGGAUAAGCGCUCGGCGAUCUCGAGCAAUCGGCCGCCAUCCUUCCUGCUGGGCAAUCUGGUCUUUUCAGGCGAUCAUCCAAUGUUUAUGGAUGCCAACGAGCGCUGGAAACUCAGACGCAAGCUGUACUUCCAACUGAUGAAUGAAGCGCGGUGUAACACAGAGCAUAUACCUCUUCUCGACGCCGAAGCUACACAUUUACUGCGUGACAUCUGCCUCGAUCCGGAUUCCUUCAUGCAACAUCCUUCUCGAUAUAGUAACAGCAUUGUCAUGACCCUAAUCUUCGGCAUUCGCACCCCUCACUACACCACUCCCCACCGCAUUGAGCUACUACGCAUCGUAGGUGAAUUGAGUUCUUUGGGCGAAAUUGGUGCCAGUCCACCGGUAGAUUGGCUGCCGUUUUUCAAGUACCUCCCGGAGCGAUUGUGGGGUAAUUGGAAGACACGAGCAGCUCGACUUCGUCAGCGAGUUCAUGACCUUAAUUCACCUUUGGUGGAUCGGGUAGUGGAGCGCCGCAAGAAUAUAGGUCGAGCUUCAACUUUCCUUGAUGGAGUUCUUGACCAGCAGGAGAAGCUCAAACUCACCAGGGAAGAAAUAAACAUCAUGUGCGGCAACCUGCUUGAAGGUGGAAUAGAUACCACCGCUACGAUGAUACUUGUUUUCUUCCAAGCCAUGGUCACAUACCCUGAUACUCAGAUCAAAGCUCAAAAGGAAAUUGAAAGUGUUCUCACCAAUGGCGAGGCACCAUCCUGGAGUGACUAUGAUCGGCUUCCAUAUGUGGCCAUGCUUGUCAAAGAAUUGAUGCGUUGGCGGCCUCCGGCUCCAGGAUCAUUCCCCCAUACUUUAGCUCAAGAUGAUGAAUUUGAAGGGAUGAAAUUCCCGAAGGGAACAAACUUGGUUCUCAACGUGUGGGGUAUUCACAAUGAUGAGACUCGUUACCCAGACCCCAAGACUUUCAACCCCUCUCGAUUUGCUGAACAAACCCAACUUGCUUCGGUUUAUGCAAAUGCAAGUGAUCCACAAAAGCGUGAUCAUUUCGGCUACGGAAUUGGCCGGCGGAUUUGCCCUGGCAUCCAUCUGGCGGAGCGAGCGGUUUUCAUAGCUGUCGCCAAGCUUCUAUGGGGAUUCACUGUUCAACACAAAUUGGAUAGUGCCGGAAACCCUAUUCCUGUUGAUGUUAACCCGAAUACGGCAUACAGCGAUGGAUUUUUGAACGAGUGUCAUCCUUUCCAGGUUGAUAUCAAGCCCCGACCGGGAAGACAGGAAGUAAUCAUGGCUGCCGCAGCAAAGGCUGAAGUUGAUGUCUUGAACGCUUAUAAUUAG